CACACACACGGAGACGAGGGGGACCAUUGCUGGCUUCAACACCGACGUCGAUACCAGACGGGCACACGGACGGCACAGCCUGCAAAAGAGCCGCUGUAUAUAUCGGCCUGUAUCAUUAGGUUAGCCACCAAAGUCGUCCAAGUCGAAGAGUGGUCGCUAUUGUCAUCAUGGGUCAUCGUCGCGAGCCCUCCCAUCCGGUCACCACAAACGGCCUCCUAUCGAUUGCCUACGAAUCGAAAGGAGCUUCAGAAGCUGUUGGCAAGGAAUGGGACACACUUGAUUUGUCGACUCGGCAUAUGACACAAAUGCCGGAUGAAGUUGUGGAGGUGAUCAAGGAUCAAAUUGCGAGGCUGGCCCUCGGUCACAACUCACUUUCCACCUUCAGUUUGGCAAUCGCAUCCAUGACGAGGUUGAGGUAUCUCAAUAUCCGCUCGAAUCAAUUCAGGGAGUUUCCCCUUGUCUUGUGUCAAUGCCCGUCUCUCGAAAUCCUCGAUGUGUCUAGGAACAGGCUGAAAUCCCUACCAAGAGAUUUCGGGAACCUUAUGUCCCUGAAGGUGCUGUCAAUAUCGAAGAACAAGAUACAGAUGCUACCCACAUACAUCGGCAACAUGACAAGCCUGAAGAUAUUGAAGAUAGACCACAACCCUAUCGUGUUCCCCGGCAAAGACAUCACUUCAUUUGAAGGUGGAGAGGCGGGUAUGGAUCAGUGGUUGGAAAAUCUGAAAGCAUACCUGCGUACACAUGUUCACCAGGAGGAUGGAGAUGACCAUAUCACCACCGACGAUGAUGGCGCAGAGACAGACUAUAUGUCAUACGGGAGAAGCGUGCGGCGUGCACCAUCAUUUUCGGGUGGCUCGUCGAAGAAGCUGGUCUCGAAAUCCAUGGACGUUCCACCCGAAGUACCACCUAUAGCACAUGUAUUUACGAAACCCGCACCACCCCUGCCUUCCAAAGCUUCGAACCGUGCUCAGUUCCUGAACGCUCCAAAACUCGGACCACCUCAGAAUGGAGCAGCACCGAUGGAAAGGUCACGGAGCAACAGCGAGACAGGUACUCCUGAACACCAGCGUCUUGCCAAACGAAUGGGAAUGCCGCCCAGGGCACGAACAGGUUUGGGUACCGUCUUAGAAGGCAGCGCUUCGAAACAUCACUCACGAGGAUUUUCGCACGACUCCAUGAUUGACUCUGGAAACUUUGAAGGCCAUCCCAAUGCUAUCAGCGAGCAGAACUCUGGAGCAUACUUCAGGAGGUUAUCGCACUUACCGCAAAGCGCUCGUGCGUCGAUGGGUUCCGUACACGUCAUUGAGGCUGUUCGGGGAUUCAUGUUCUCGUUCUCCCAAAUUCAUCAAGCUGUACGUCAGUAUAUCACAUUCUGCAGCGAACCCGCUCUGGCGAGCGCCGUCAGUAGAGUGCUCUACAGCGCAAACGUGCAUAUCGGAACGUUGGUAGCUGCCUUGGAAGCUCACGAAAACGAAGGUGACGAUGCCAAUCCGGGCAAUGUUAUCAAUGCCGUCAGAGUUUGCGUGGGUGCUUUCCGGCAUGUGGUGGGCACUUUGCUGAAACACCUUCACCCGCUGAUGGAAAGGGCUGAUGCGCGAUACUCUCGGACCCUUCUCUUGCUCCUUACAGGAGCCGCUGCGGAAAUACAAAAUUCUUGGUCUAUUCUAAGACCAGCCAUGCCUGCAUUUUCGGGCACGAUCACGCAGCCAAUCCCGCAUACGCCAGUCACGGCAACCCCCAUGUCUAGAACGGCUUCGCCAGCCCUGAACCGGCUCAAGUCGCCGUCCACAGCCAGUCUUACUGCAUCAAUUGCUGCAAAUAUUGCUGGUUCGGUUAUGCCAGGCAAAGGUCAUGAUCCCUUCCAACCUGCACCCACAGCAACCGGACAGACAAUCCCCGAAACGAGUGUGACGGAGACGGAUGAGCAAUUAUUUGAGAAGAUUUCGACGGCAACUGCUGCUGCUCAGUCUGUUCUUGCACUCAUCGGUCAGGCUGUCGCGGAAGAUUCUAUAUCGACGGCACAAAACCCACAGACCCCGGGAGCGACAGCACCUGCAACUUCGAGCAAGCUGAGAGAGCUGUCGAUGAUGUCUGUUGGAGCAGGCGAAGUUACGCGUCGUUUAUCGCACCGUUUGGCGUUUGUUAGGGAAGGUGGCGAUGCGUUCGAACGUCAUAAGUUCUGGGAAGACACCAAUGCAUUCGUCAAGGCCGUCAUUUCCAUUGCCGCGCUUGCGAAAACGGUAUCUAUCGAAUUCCCCUUCCCUAAGAGCGUCCUCUCCGGUCUGGCGGCCGUAACUCGGUCAACAAAGGAGCUUACCAUUCUCCUGUCUGUUUCGUCUUUCCGCUCAGUGGAAGGCUCAGCCCAGUUGAACCAGGCUCCACCCACCACAACGACGGUACCCAUGAUAACCACUACUCAACCAUCACCUCUUUCAGCUGCUCUCGGUCCCGCUGCGCAGGCCGUUCUUCCGUCACCGGCAGCUUUUUCGAACACAUCUUCAGUUUUGACAGGUGGCCCGCCGCCCGGUAUGGUCAAUAGAUUUGACGUUGCACUCGGACAGGCUCUACGCAACGGAAGUGUUACCUCGCAGAGCACCUUGGAUCUGAGGGAAGUUGCACUCAAGGCUGCAUCAGAUUCCGGCACAUUGCCUUCACCGUCACGAGAGUAAGAUAGCCCAUUGAAAGAGGGAACGUUGUAAAUUACGAGGAUAUCUCGUCUUUCAUUAUACGAUAAUCCUAGGAUAGAAAAGGCAAUGUGCGUGACAAGCGAACCCGUUGCGACCACCACAUAAACCCGAAGGCUCACGAGAUCGUCAAGAUUAUAAAUCACUAUGAAGAAUCAGUCUGGGAGAGUUCCAUUUGAACGCUGGCUAUGGCGUACGAGCCAGAGCUUGGUAUAACAAUCCG